AUGAUUUCUGUGGCAUCGCUUCUUAAUCCGGCGCCUUCGGGGCCUUCAGUGCAUGGAUUUCCACCAAGCCCAGCACCUUCGGCAUCGCCAACAUCUUCUUUGGCUGAUGAGUCUUCGUUCUACGACCGUUCCAUGAUUCCAAAGAAUAAAAUGCCCAAGGAUGCUGCCAUCUUCACUAAAGGAAAAGCUAAAGGAGUUGUCAACUUCCAUCCAUUCGAAAUACUUGAUGAGUUUUCCAUAGGGGAGCUUCGGAAGUACCAAGUCUUUCCUGUCGGGAAGAUACAGGAAUAUUGCCGCCAUAUUCCAUACAAUAGUGGCAAGAAGAAUUUUUUUGAAAAAACUGGCCGGGAAAGCUUUGAAGUCUUCCAAUACGUCUUCAAAGUUCCCGGCGACGACAUUGAGUAUGCUGUCAUGUGGGACUACAAUGUUGGUCUUGUCCGCAUGACUCCUUUCUUUAAAUGCUGCAAGUAUUCCAAGACAACACCGGCAAAAAUGUUAAAUCUCAACCCCGGCCUCAAAGAGAUAACCCACAGCAUUACUGGAGGCUCCAUCAUGGCACAAGGUUAUUGGAUGCCAUAUGAAUGUGCAAAGGCCGUUUGCGCCACAUUUUGUCACCAUAUUGCUGGAGCCCUGAUUCCUAUCUUCGGUCCAGACUUCCCCUCACAAUGUAUAUCACUUCAAGACCCUAAAUAUCGGCAAAUGUCAAUCAGUCCGUCUAUCAUUAUCCAGUCAACGAGGGAAGCAGAACAUUUUCGCAGAUUUUACACGAACAUGGUCACCUCCACCAGUAGCGCCAGCCCUCAACAUGACCGCAAGUUUUUCAAAGACCUCUUCGUCGACAGUAGACACAAUCAUCGGUAUCGGAUGCGCAGGCCUUUCAUUAGUUGCAAUAACCCCUGCGGCACUGACACCGAUGGCGAGAGGUCCCCAGCCGCCGACUGCAGCAUAUCGGAUCGACUUCAUUACGCCUCAAUACCUUCCAUCGUGCCUAAUCGAAUCACUAACGGCUGGACGCCGGCCAACAUGUCAGCCCAGCACUACGACGCUUCUGCACCUAAUACAUGGUUGAGCGCCGUUCCUCAAUUCGUCGGUAACCAGUCGUACCAUAUGGAUCAUGGCCACCAAGCUCAUUCCCGUGCUCAGUCUUAUGGUAACCCACCACCGCAAAAUUACAAUCCUCAUCACCAUCAUGAUCACCAUGGUCACCGGUCCCAUCAUCCGAAUGCAUACACUCCAACGAGCCAUCGCCAUUCGCGGCAACCCAAGCGACCUGCCGAUCAUAUCGAAACAGAUUACGGUCGCGACGGCGGCGGCAGCAGUCGGUACGCAACUGGACCAAGCACUGCUGCUACGAGUCCUUUCGGGAAGAAAACUCAAGAGUCAAGCUCUGGGCCAGAACAGAAUGCUGCGUUCUUACUAAUGAACCUGAGUGUGCGAGAUACAAAGUCAGGGAGUACUCGCCAAGCUGGCGGCAUCGCAUCUGAGACGACGUCACCGGUCGAUGCGACAUUUCCAAGGGUCAAGCGGUCAAGGGCUAACUCGAUGUAG